GGGGACCGACCCCGCACUAAAACCAUUACCCCCCAUUUUCACAUAAUCUUCAUUCAUCAUUGUUAGACCCAUCAUCAUCAUCGUCUCUUGAAUUAUCCGCUCGGCUUCUUCUUCCUGUCAUCUUCCGCACUUUUGUUUUGUUCGUUUGUUUUAUUUUCUCAUGGUUUCCUGGUUUUGCUGCAACAUCCAUGGCUGCCAAAUCAGGUUGUUGGGUCCAUUUUCCUGGGAGAAUACAGGAAAAAGUUGUAGUUUUGAAGCUUUUCCCAGAUGCCACCCUUUAAAGCUUAUUACGAUUUGGCUCCUACUUCUUUUCAUUGGAACGACUUAUUCAUCCAAACAACCUGAUGUUGAGGGUAAUGCCUUGCUUGAGCUUCUCAAGGCUCUCAAUGAUUCCAGUGAUCGAAUAACUGAUUGGAACAAUAAUCUUGUCAGUCCCUGCUUUAGCUGGUCUCAUGUCAACUGCAGGAAUGGGAAUGUCAUAUCCUUGAAUCUUGCUUCAAAUGGAUUUUCAGGAACUCUUUCUCCUUCGAUUAAGAAACUGAAGUUUCUGGUUAAGUUGGAUUUACAAAACAAUAAUCUAAAUGGUUUGUUGCCUGAUUUCCUUGGUGAUAUGGUGCAUCUAGAAGUUCUGAAUCUUGCAAAUAAUAAAUUCAGUGGUUCUAUUCCAGAAAAUUGGGGUCAAUUAUCCAAUUUAAAGAAUCUGGAUCUUUCAUCCAACAAUUUAACUGGAAGAAUUCCAAGGAAUUUAUUCUUGGUUCCAAGAAUCAACUUCAAUGGAACACAUCUUGCUUGUGGCUCUAGCUUGGAACAACCUUGUGUUUCGCCUACUACACUCCCUGUUUCAAGCAAUAGGUCCAAAAUUAGGAUUGUUGUAACCUCUGCAAGUUGUGCUGCAAUCAUACUUCUAUCACUUGGGGCUCUCUUCGUGUCCCGGUAUUAUCAACUACAGGAGCUUAAGCGUGACAUUUUCGUCGAUGUCACCGGUGAAAAUGACCUCAAAAUUCCCUUUGGCCAGCUACGGCGAUUCUCGUGGCGUGAAAUCCAACUUGCAACCGAUGAUUUCAACGAGGGAAACAUCAUUGGACAAGGAGGGUUCGGAAGAGUUUAUAAAGGUGUCCUGUCCGACAACACCAAGGUUGCCGUGAAACGCCUCGCGGAUUAUUAUAGUCCCGGCGGUGAAGCCGCAUUCCAGAGGGAAGUCGAGCUCAUAAGUGUUGCAGUUCACAAGAAUCUUCUACGGUUGAUCGGGUUCUGCACAACGUGGUCCGAAAGAAUUCUUGUUUAUCCUUUCAUGCAAAAUUUAAGUGUAGCAUAUCAACUCAGAGAUCGAAAACCUGGAGACAAGGGCUUGGACUGGCCAAUGAGGAAACGUAUAGCUUUCGGAGCAGCACAUGGAUUGGAGUAUCUACACGAGCAUUGCAAUCCGAAGAUAAUACACCGUGAUUUAAAAGCUGCAAACAUACUUUUAGACGACGAUUUCGAAGCUGUUCUCGGAGAUUUCGGGCUCGCAAAGCUCGUCGAUACGAAGUUGACUCAUGUCACCACUCAAGUGCGAGGCACCAUGGGUCACAUUGCCCCAGAAUAUUUGUCCACGGGAAAAUCUUCUGAGAAAACCGACGUCUUCGGAUAUGGUAUAAUGCUUCUGGAACUUGUAACCGGUCAACGUGCAAUAGAUUUUGCUCGGUUAGAAGAGGAAGAGGAUGUCCUUCUACUCGAUCAUAUAAAAAAGCUGCUGAGAGAAAACAGGGUUGAUGACAUUGUUGAUGGGAACUUGAAGAUUUAUGAUCCAAAAGAAGUCGAGACAAUUGUUCGAGUUGCAUUGCUGUGCACUCAGAGCUCCCCCGAAGACCGGCCGACAAUGGCGGAAGUGGUGAAAAUGUUGGAUGGAGAGGGGCUGGCAGUGAGAUGGGCAGAAUGGGAGGAGCUCGAAGAAGUAAGGAACCGAGAGUUCAUGCUUUUCUCUCAUCAGUUCACUUGGGGUGAAGAUUCAACUGUAGACCAAGAGGCCAUACAAUUGUCCAGAGCCAGGUAAAUCCCACACAUAUAAUCGGAUUCAGCUAAACUUUGGAGGGCCAUCAGAUUUUGUACAUUUAAUGUCAAAAACCUUAGAAUUAUUUCAACUUUAUGAUUGUUAUCUAAUUACAAUGCUCUG